AUGAAACCAGAUACAUCGCCUCUGCUAGAACCGGGUUCGGGUACAGCAUCAUCAAAUUCGUCACCUCCUUCACCUAAACUAUUGGAUACAUUUCUUGCAGAUGCACCUAAUACACCUAUUACGCCGUUUACUAAUCGGGAUUCUGGCAACAAUACGGAUAAUACAUCACCUCUUGAUUUUUAUAGUCAAGAUGAUAAAGAUGUAUGUGUUAUUACACCUGAGGAAGCGUCAUCACCAUUUAUAUUUGCACAAAAAGAUCAAGAGUUAUCAAAUAAUGAAAAAUGUGUACCAAAAGUAUCUACAGUAUAUUUUGAAAAAGCAAAUUCAGAGUAUUCAGAUGGUGAAGCAAGUUUUUCUAUUCCUGAUAUUUCAUCAUUAUCAUGUAAAGAUUUGAAUGAAGAAGGUAUAAAAAAGGGUGUUCAAUAUGAAGGGGGUGUGUUAGUUAAGCCUGAAGAAAAUAAAACAUCAUGCCUUUUAUCAAAGGAGACGAUGUUUUCUCAUGAAACUAUAUAUCCUGCUAAAAAAGUAGGGGAAUCAUCAGAAAAUCGAGGACGUCCAGCAGCAUGUUUGUUUGUUGCUAGUUUAUCAUCAUCUCGUACAGAUGAAGAAUUAUGUGCAUCUGUUACAAACCAUUUUCGCAAGUGGGGUAAUUUGCUUAAUGUAAAAGUAUUAAAGGAUUGGAUGCAACGACCGUAUUCUUUUGUACAGUUUGAAAAUUUCGAGGAUGCAAAAAGAGCUUUGCGUGAAGCUCAUAAUACAGUUAUUGAUGGGCGGCAUAUCCGUGUAGAAAAGGCGCGUGUUAAUCGUACGCUUUAUAUUUCUCGAAUUGGACAGUCAUUAGAAGAACAGGAUGUGAAAAACUUGCUUGAGCCAUAUGGUGAAAUCGAGGAUAUCGUAAUUCCUUCUAGUUCUAAUCAAAUGCUCCGUAAUGAUAUGGGAAAAUGUUGUUUUGCUCGUUUUGCUUUUAGGGAUGAUGCGAUUCAGGCGUUUAGUAAUCUUCGUCGUAAUGGGAAUUGGAUUGUUGAAUGGGCGCAGAACCUUGAUCAAAAUACUUCACAAAUACCAAUGAUUCCUAUUGAUAAAACUUCUGUUUUUGUAGGACAGUUAAAUCCUUCCUUGGUGACUAGGGAAUCUCUUUUAAAUAGGUUUAAAAAAUACGGGGAAAUUGUUGAUUGUAGCCUUGUUAAUAAACCUAAUUCUAAUCGAACUGCUUUUGCUUUUUUGCAAUUUGAAUCAGCUACUAGUGCAUCUGCUGCUGUUGAAAAUGAGAAUAACAGUAAUUUCCUUGAUAGAGUAAUUAGAGUACAGUUUCGCGAGUUGUAUGAUAAAACUGAUUUGUCCACAUAUGAUUCAAGAUCGUUGCUGCCUUCUAUUAAUCCUCAAUCUCAAUUUGCUUGUAAAUUUCCCCUUUCAGUUCCAUUUAUUCCGAGAUUGCGUUCUAGGUCAAAUGAUUCUUUGUCUCUAACAAAUAGAGGUUCUAUUUAUGGGCAAGAUAAUUCUGGUGUACAUGGUUAUUACCCAGAAGUGACUAAUCAGGCAUUUUCUAUGCGAUCACAUGAGGCAUUUAUGGCAGCUUAUAGAGCUGCAUUAGCUGCGACUACGUCUUUGAACCAACCUUCUGCAAUUAAUACUCAGAAUGGAUAUUCCGGAAACAUUCAAGUGCCAUAUCCAGGCACUCCUGUCGGAUUAACGAAUUAUAUUAAUUCAAAUUCUUCUACUUCAGGAUAUGCUAACCAGCAUACAAUGAUGAAUAUUCAUCAAAAUUCUAAUAUUAUACCUUCACCGUUUUAUUAUUUUGCUGGAGGAAUGAGUGUUCCUCCUCAAAAUAUAACGUCAAAUUCUUUAAAUCAGGAUAGUUUAUCUCCUCAACAGGAACGUGUUAAAGGAAACAAUGUUUCUCCUCCCUUUUUAUCACAUUGGGGUGCAUUUGUUCCUACAUUUAUCCAUGGGCCAGGAACAUCUAUGCAAGCAUCUGUAUCGUUGCCAGGGCAUUCUUUUUCGCAUCAGGACUCGAUGAAUAGAUUUUAUCAUUUUCCUGAGGGUAUUUCUAAUGGUUCUAUGCAUCCCGCAUGGGAUCCGUCCUUUGGUUAUUAUCGUCUUGAUAAUCAGUGCUCUCCAGAGAUGCUUGCGUUUCCUGUACAAGUGCCGACUGUUCAAGACAAUUUGAGUUCUAGUUUUCCUGUGUAUGGAGAAGUUUCAGGACAUAAUACGGAUCAAAAUGUUCAUCCACCUUAUUCACAUAAUCAGGCUACUGUUAAUGGAGGGAUUACAACUUAA